GAGACUGGAGUUUUACAAACGUAGCGCCGUAACCCCUCUAAACAAGCCCGCAGACAGCCAGGCCUGGGAUGUUGCGCGGAAGGAUGGCAUUUGGACGCCUUGGAGAAGCACAGUGGACGAGAAAGCCUAAUAAACAUGAGAUUUAAGUGAGAAUUUGUACGGCAUUUGAGGUGUCAAGUAUGGGAUUAUCUCAGGUUAACAAAUACCGUAAAAUUCCGAAAAUAAGCCUCUCCAUGUACAAGCCCCUUUAAAUAUAAGCCCCCCAAACCGGUAACGCAAAACACCCUCCGUUAAAUCGCCCCUCCAAAUAUAAGUCCUCCGGGGGCUUGCACUUGGAAAAUUGCCCUCGAAUACAACGUAAAACAAAGAAAAAACGGUAAAUUUACUUCCAACUGUAAGGUGGCGAUUUUGAAACGCAAAUUUCCCUCCGUAGAUAAGCCCCUGCGAAUAUAAGUCCCUCCAAAAAUAAGCCCCUCAAAAAGGGCCUUUGAAAAAUAUAAGCCCGGGGGCUUAUUUUCGGAAUUUUACGGUAUUUACUAAAACAGUGGGUAUAAUAUGGGGAAGGGUGAAUGUAAAUUGGGAAAUGUUAUCAGGGUUUAAGUAGCUCGAAUGAACAUUGUGGUGCUUUUUAAAUUUGUUCACGCCUUAAACAGGGCGCUUGUUCGAGGGUGGCUUUUAUUUGAAAGUUGGGCGCCACAGAAAAGUAGACAUAAACACAGAAGAACACUUAAUACCAAACAGUGAAUUAAGAACACGCAACAGCCAUGCUUUUAAGUAUAGAAUGCCAAGAAUUUGUAAGGACGUCUUUAAGUUUUCCUUUUCUCCUAGAUCAAUAACAGAGUGGAACACACCGCCCGCUGACUUAGUGAAUUGCAAGUCAUCAUCUUUGUCGUUGUUGUUGCACGACUACGACGUGAAACUUGGCAAACUUCCUAGUUAAUACACGUUUUAUGGAUGAAAUGUGUAUGUGCUGAAAAAAGACUUUGUUGCUUUUGUUCCUGUUCGCUUUUAUCUUCACUGCCGCUUAUUUUCGCCCAGCUGGUCGCUAGCAUUUCUCAUUUUGAAUUUCUCACCACCAAUAUAAAAUUUUCAUGUUGUCCUUGUAACGAAAUACGUCUCCUUUGUCUUUUAUCUCUCGCUUUAGCUCUUUCUCUGUUAUCCCCCUUAGUGUAAACAUAAUUAAAAUUUAGUCGAAAAAAGACUCGGCUUUGUUUAAUUUUCCUCUCUAAAAGUCCGGAUGGUCAUGCGAUUUACCGCCAAAACGCAAGGGUGAUAGGAUGAGAGAUUUCAAAACGACUUACACGUAGGGGCUGACAUAUGGACGGACGGACGGUCGGACGGUCACGUGAUUACCAAAAUUUCUCGCGUUUAUAGCUUACCAUAUUUUCUUACCUAUGGUGCUCCGCUGCGCAUGCUUCGAGCGCGAGAAAGCUCCGCUAAAAAGGAUUAAAUCCUAUUUGAAGUAUUUGUCUUUUGCAUAAAUAAGCUUAAUGUUGUUUUGUUGUGCUUUUCAAAUAAAUCCAGCUUGUUCAAGAGCUUCUGUCUUCAGUUUUGCCAGACGAUCCGGUGACAUACAUUAUGAGAAACAUAAAUUUUUAUGUUAAAAUCUGCAUUUGUUACCAGGCGUGAAACCCGUAACUUCAAGCUCCACUAAGAUAUAUUUGGUGAUUACAGGAAUCGGUGCUGAAGCGAACAACAAAAACAGUCAGC